AGACACGCCCCGAGACACGCCCCGAGACACGCCCCCCAGACACGCCCUGAGACACGCCCCGAGACACGCCCCGAGACACGCCCCGAGACACGCCCCGAGACACGCCCCGAGACACGCCCCGAGACACGCCCCCGAGACACACCCCGAGACACGCCCCGAGACACGCCCCCGAGACACGCACCGAGACACACUGAGAGGAAGCAGACUGAGAGGAAGCAGACUGAGAGAAAGCAGAAUGAGAGAAAGCAGACUGAGAGGAAGCAGACUGAGAGGAAGGAGACUGAGAGGAAGCAGACUGAGAGGAAGCAGACUGAGAGGAAGCAGACUGAGAGGAAGCAGACCGAGAGGAAGCAGACCGAGAGGAAGGAGACUGAGAGGAAGCAGACUGAGAGGAAGCAGACUGAGAGGAAGCAGACUGAGAGGAAGCAGCCUGAGAGGAAGCAGACUGAGAGGAAGCAGACCGAGAGGAAGGAGACUGAGGAAGCAGGAAGCAGACUGAGAGGAAGCAGACCGAGAGGAAGGAGACUGAGGAAGCAGGAAGCAGACUGAGAGGAAGCAGACCGAGAAGAAGCAGGCUGAGAGGAAGCAGGCUGAGAGGAAGCAGACUGAGAGGAAGCAGACUGAGAGGAAGGAGACUGAGGAAGCAGACAGAGAGGAAGGAGACUGAGGAAGCAGACCGAGAGGAAGGAGACUGAGGAAGCAGGAAGCAGGCUGAGAGGAAGCAGACUGAGAGGAAGCAGACCGAGAGGAAGCAGACUGAGAGGAAGCAGACUGAGAGGAAGGAGACUGAGGAAGCAGGAAGCAGACUGAGAGGAAGCAGACCAAGAGGAAGCAGGCUGAGAGGAAGCAGGCUAAGGGGAAGCAGCCUGAGAGGAAGCAGACUGAGAGGAAGGAGACUGAGGAAGCAGACCGAGAGGAAGGAGACUGAGGAAGCAGGAAGCAGACUGAGAGGAAGCAGACCGAGAGGAAGCAGGCUGAGAGGAAGCAGACUGAGAAGAAGCAGGAAGCAGACUGAGAGGAAGCAGACGUAGAUGAACGAGUUCUGAGUUAUGCAAUAGAGAACUGCAUACAAUGUGAAGUAUUAAAUAAGAUCAAAUACAUUUUGAGUGGCUGUCAUGUGGGUACCGUGGGAUCUUAUGUGGACAUUUUAAUACCACCACUCGUGCAGAUCAGGUGGUGAUGAACUAUUUGUGGUGCAGGUGGUCUAGUUUGCUAAAUCUGUUCCUGCAGAAUGGCACCAUUGUUGCUAUUGUUCGCAUAACAAUGGUACCAGUGUUUAUUUUAUCUUAUUCAUCUAAAUUAAACAUUGGCUUACUGAUUCAACAUCACAUGACCAGCUUUGAUAACACAAUAAGUCCGGCCUUAUGACCCACAUCAGAUAAACCUCAGUGGGAUGCUUCUGCCUUCAUAGUUUUCCUUUUGAAAGACACAUGGUUUGAGACGAUGGAUGAGUUUAUAAAGGGAAAUAUAAAUAUGAUGAAAGUUUGUUGAAGUGUCUGAGCCUUUAUCUUGGUCAAAACAACGUUAACAAUUAUAUUAUUGCGCAGUUUUAUUUGAAUAUUAUUUUGUAUGCAACAUUAAGUUAUGUUACUAAUGUCUUUUAUACACAAAUAUAUAUUUUUCUUAGUUUAUUAAAAUGUAUUGGAAUGCUGGUCUUUAC